UACGAUUAGAACAAGUACAGGAACACACCCACCGCAGAAAGACAAGAGGAUGUGGCGAAGAAGUAGAAGAAGUAGAAGAAGAAGAGGAAGAAGAAGAAUAGAGAGGAUGAAGCUCUCCGCCCUGAACAAAGUUAAAGAGCGAGAAAAGAGGAGAGGAAUCAGAAGUUGAGAGCAGGAAGAAGUGAUUAAAAGAGGAAGUUUGAAGUGUUUUUAAAAAGAACAAGAAAAAGCUUCAACGAGAAACAGAAGUGAAGAGGAGGACGAAGAGAAGAGAAAGAAGAGGGGGAGAGGAAGACAACAGGAGAACAGAAAGAAGAGAAAAAGAAGAGGAACAGAAGUGACAAGGAGAGGAGGAGGAGACAAAAGGAGAGAAGGAGAGCAAGAGGAGAGAAGGCAGAGAGGAGGAGGAGGAGAAGAGAAAGAAGAGGGGGAGAGGAAGAGAACAGGAGAACAGAAAGAGGAGAAAAAGAAGAGGAACAGAAGUGACAAGGAGAGGAGGAGGAGACGAAAGGAGAGGAGGAGAGCAAGAGGAGAGAAGGCAGAGAGGAGGAGGAGGAGAAGAGAAAGAAGAGGGGGAGAGGAAGAGAAGAAAACAGGGGAAGAGGAAGAGGAACAGAAGUGAAGAGGAGAGGAGGAGGAGAGAAAGAGGUGAAGUUACAGAGUGGUGAUGGACGAGGACAUCAGGAAGCAGGGGAUUCUUUACCUCCAGCAGCAGAGGUUUGGAAAGAAGUGGAGGCGUGUGUGGAGCGCCCUCUACAGGGACAGUCCGUGCUCCAUCUCCAGACUCGAGUUCUUUGACUGUAAAGAUGGAGGAGUCGAGAAAAGUCUGCGCAAACAACAGGAGCACAAGAAGGUGAUCCGUCUGUCAGACUGUAUCCGGGUGUCGGAGGUGGAGGUGGACGGAUGUCCCAGAGACACGGGACCGUUCCUGGUGGAGACAACAGAGAAGAUUUACGUCUUCGCUGCAGAGAGAAACCAGGUGGACGACUGGACACACAAACUGUGUGAGACAGCCUUCCCUAUGAGCUGGACAGAGCCCAGCGUGAGGCGAGGCAGCGUGCAGAGAGGAACCCGGGUGGAGGAGGACCAGGGGAUGGAGGACAACUCCUUGUACAGUGGCACACCAACAGUGCGUGACUUCAGAGUGUGUGUGCGGAGGACGGAGGCGUCCGAUCACUGCCGGCUGAAGGGAGACGUGAUCCUGCGAGUGGACGAUGACGCUCUUCAUCUGCUCAGCAGGACACGAGACGUUCUGUUCACCUGGCCGUUCAGGUUCCUGAGACGCUUCGGACGAGACAAGUCGACCUUCUCCUUUGAAGCUGGGCGGAGGUGUGCGUCCGGCGAGGGCGGUUUCGAGUUUGACACCAAACAAGGCAACUUCCUGUUUCAGCUGGUCGAGUCGGCCAUCCAACUGCGGAGGUCUGCCCCCCCCCACACACAGACCUCUGGGGGGGGGCAGCUGAGUCCAGAGACCCCCCACAACCUCAACUUGCCCCCCCCACCCCAGAGCACGACGCUGCUGCUGCCACCUCAACCCCGCAAUCACAUCCCCCCCCACCCUGCUGCUCAGGACGCCGUGUACAGCACCGUGACGGAGCAUCAUCUGAUGAGUCAUCACAAAGAGAGCUCCGCCCCUUCACUGCCACAGCAGCGCCCCCCGCUGUGUCGUCUGGAGCCUCCUGUGGACCAGGUCCUGACCGGCGUGAAGAGCUUGACUCUGGAGACUCGGGCUUUCCCCGUCCCCCGAAAGACCCCGGUGAAGAUGAUCUCCAGCUGCCCUCUGCCCCACGCCGAGCCAGGCCCCGCCCCGGCCCUAGGCUCCACCCCCUCCCGCGACGCCAGUCAGAGCCCGAAACUGAGCUCCAAUCCAAAACCGGAACAGACCUACGCCCAGAUCACACAGCUCGCCCCCAGAGAGCGAGGCUCCAAGAGGGAGAGAAGGGAGGGAGGAGGCAGCCUGGCUCCGCCCCCCGGUCACCUCCCUCAAAUCAACCCGGAGCCGGAGUACUCCCUCCCCUUCGACACCAUCGACAAGAACAUCAUGGUGGACUUCCUGAGCUCCCAUCAGGCUCUGGAGUCCGGCGCCGACCCGCUUUACGACAGCAUCGACGAGAUCAAGAUCAGAAACAUCAUCCACAGCAAAGACCACGCCCCCGAACCAACGCACAGGAAGGUGGAUCACAUCUAUGACGAGCCUGAGGGCUGCGCCGCCGCCGCCACCGGGGGGGGGAACUCCACCGUCCCUUCCGCGGUGUACGAUGACCCCGAGGAGAUGAGAGGAGAUGCCUGGAGGAACAUGGGAACAGCUGAUGACCCCAAAGGUCACGAGUACCCGUACGACCCCCGGGUGGACGACUACGCCGUGCCCAAACGACCCAAGAGGGCAUUUCCUGACACACAGGACACCAACGAAGAAGAAGAAGAAGACGAGGAGGAGGUGCAGGAGGAGGAGGAGCAGCGAGACUCUCAGUACACCAACAUCCUGGUGAAGAAGAAGAGACUUCACGUCCCAUCAUCUUCAGGGUCGGACUGGUUUCCUUCAUGUUGCAGAUUUUAACUAAUAUCCAACUACUUUAAUUCAUUAUUUGGAUGCACAGGUAGAGGUGGAAAGUAACAGAGUACAAAUACUUUGUUACCGUUUAUUUUAAAAUGUAUUUUCCUGACGACAUUUUCCUUUUCCUUUUGAACACAUCUGUACUUUCUCCUCCUCACAGUCUCACCAGCUCUGUGCAGGUUGAGGCAUCGUGUGUCAUUGAAGUUCAAAUGCUUUUUGUGCUUUCUUACUUUUACUUGAGUAAAGGAGAUGAAUCAGUA